AUGAAAUCAAUCUUCUUGGCUCUCGCACUCAUUGGUGCUGCUUCAGCUGGUUACCUCGCACCAGCUGGAUAUGCUGCUCCACUUCUGGGAGGUUAUGCUGCUCCAGCCAUCGCCACCGCCGCUCCACUUGCUUACUCAGCUCCAAUCAUUAACUCUGCCGCUUAUGCUGCUCCAGCUAUCGCCGCUGCUCCAGCUUAUGCCGCCGCUGCUCCAUUAGACUACUCAGCUUCCAUUGCUGCGCCAUUGGCCUAUUCGUCUUACGGAAGUUACGGAUAUGCUGGAUAUCCUUACGGUCUCUACAAGAAGAAGGCUGCUGCUUAA